AUGGUGGAUUUAGUAGCAUGUGACUGUUUCAUGAAUAUGUCCAAUUGUCCAAGUAUAAUUUUCAAAUUGUCGUCCAAGCUAAAUGAAAGUAGUUGUGGGAUUCAGCACUUCCAGCUGUCCACAUCSCCAUGUGAAUUUCACCCAAAACGAGCAAAACCAGGUUAUCGUUGUCCUGAUUCRCAAUACCAGUGCAAUAAUGGAGAAUGUAUUGACAAAAAAUACCGAUGUAACGGACAAAAAGACGACUGUAUUGAUGGUUCAGAUGAGGUUGGCUGUACUUGUUACACUGAUCAGUUCACUUGCUUGGAYGAAUCAUGCGUUGACGUAUCAGAACUUUGCAAUAGAAAAWCAAAUUGCAAAGACGACGACGAUGAAAUGCGUUGUGGAGCUCAAKGGUGUCGCUUUGAUCAAUGCAUGGAUGGAAGAUGUACAGCAUCAUCAUGUCAAGAUACGAUGUAUAACAUCUCCGAAUGCUUUAUCACCAAUGACGAUUAUCAAGGAAACAUUUGCCGAGACAAGAAUGAAAAGUGCAAAAGCAUUAAAGGCAUUUGCGGCUUUGAAAAUGGUGCUUGUGGAAUGGAAAAUGACAAUGGAUGGGCUUACUAUGCACCAACAAACAAAAGCUCAUAUAUAACCUUUGAUCAUUCUUAUUCAGAAGGUAGUUACUACAUUGCACGUCCCAUUAUCAACCAAUCCGCUAUAAGCAAAUUAUCCAUGCAAUGGUCAAGAACUAAACCUUACUGCAUGCAGUUCUGGUACGCUGCAAACCUGGACUCAUUGUUACGAGUUUUUGCAGUGGACAACCAUACAACGUCCUGUCUUUGGAGAAUGUCCAGUAACAUUACAAAUGAAUGGGUAUUUGGUCAGGUUGAGAUACCUGGAAAUUUGACUGGAAAAAUUGAGAUAGUUGGUUACUCCAUUGGACAUUUCGUAGCUGUUGAUGACCUCAGUUUUAUUGAAACCUCAUGUUCGCAAGUUGGAGUCCAAACAAAUCCCUCGUGCUAUUUUGAUKAUCAUCAAMCAUGCAACAUGAACGUCGACAAGGCAUGGGUUCCAACAUUGUAUGAAGGAAAACGAGGUCAAAACAAAUUCUACUUGAGCUUGGCCAUUUCAAGCAAUGAGUCAAGCAAGAUAUCAAGUCAAAAGUUCAGCCCGAAAUCAGAUGGGUGGAAGUGCUUGCGAUUCCGGCUGAGCAGUGAAGAAAGUUAUUUCCCGAGAAAACUGGAUGUUUAUUACAAUACCGUUAACAAUUCGAUAGCAGUUUUUAACUAUACAACAGUUACACCUGGAUGGGUUUAUUUCCAGGCAUCAAUACCAGAAGAAGAACAAUUACAGGUCAUUAUCGAAGGAAAGAGAAAUAAGUAUGCCUCACUUUCAGUAGACGACAUUUCAUACUCGAAAUAUCAAUGCCAAAAUAUACCUGAUUCCAAAGAAGGCAAAGAAUGUCUUGAAUACGCCACUUUGGAUUCGCUUGAUCGUAGAAUUGACCAAAGCGAMCUCUAUGGAAUGCAAGCGUCAGACGACAGCACCCUUUCAAAUKMCAUGUGGUACCGAGUUACUGGUCUUGCGGGCAAUCAAAUUGCUAUGGAGUGCGUAGAUAAUUUAAAAUAUGCAUGUUACGCUCAAUUUCAAGGCUGGAUCAAUGGGACAAUGCCAACUGUAUCCCAAGGAAGAGUGAACAGGACUAUGUGCUUUCAUGAUGGAUUCGAAGGGACUUAUGAUUGCUGUUUUAAAUCUAUGACGAUCAACGUGCGCAAUUGUGGUGGAUAUUUUGUUYAUCGAUUUUCGCGGUUUAAAAUCUUAAACACUAGACACAUUCUAGGGCAUAAGAUGAGUACUGGAAAAGUUUGCACAGAGUACAGUGUCCUUGGACUUACCGUUGACGUAGAAUGGAAGAAMUGGACCAGCGACGAUCUGCACUCCCUAAAAUGGAGGAUUUUGAAUGAGAAACAAUUCAUCUCGUCUUCAAAAGCUAUUUUGGGUAAACAAGUUCAUCAUUUACCGCAGGCGAAACUACGACAAAGCAACACUAUCAAACAUCUCAGACAUAUUGCAUCUAAGAAAACUACCAGGAGUUGA